CAUUCCGUAGCGCCCCCCAAGCCAAGUCGACGGCACAAGUGGAUAUAUACAUAAUUGUUGUAUUUUUUUUUGCGCGGCAAAAAGAAAAACAAAAUCAAAGUAUAUUUCUGUUUGUUUUUGAUUCCUUGCAAGCCGGCAAUUUGCGCGCACAAAUUGAUUACAAAUGGUGAAGCUUGGCAAAAAGAAAUUGGCGGAGCUCAGCGAGCUGAGCAAAAAGCAAAAAAUCGCCGGAUCUGCGGAUAGUGAUGAGAGUACUGCGAAGAAUGGAGAUGGCGAUAAGAAGAACGAAGUUGUUAAUAAUAAGGACACAGUAUCAGCGUCGUCGUCAGCGGAUGAUACAAAAAAUGAAACAGUGUCGAAGAAGCGAAAAGCGACUGCACAAUCAUCAAAAGCGAAUGAAAAGGAUGGAAGCGAGACGGAUGAAAGCGACGAUUUGCCAUUGAAUGGCAGCGGCAGCAAAAGUUCCAACUCCAAUUCCGCCAAUGGACCGCCGCGUAAAAAGCUAAAGAAAACACCGCCCAAAGCAAAGUCAGGAGCGACGUUGACUGCGACUGCAAAGAGUGAAAAUAACAACAAAAAGGCUGCGGCCAAAACGAAGGAUACACAGGAAGAUGAAGAGGAUGAUAUCGUAGAGAAUGAAGAUGACAAUGAGGAAACAGAAUUCGAGGUGGAAGCAAUCGUAGGCCACAAGUCAAAGCGGGGUGAGUCCUUUUUCCUAGUUCGCUGGAAGGGCUACGGUAAGGAUGAGGACAGCUGGGAGCCGGAGGCGGAAUUGAACUGCGAUGACUUGAUAGAGGAAUACCGCAAGGGAAACCCAAAAAAGAACACCAACGACAAAAAAACGACGACCAAAGGCGUUGGACGUGGCCGCAAAUCGGCAGCCAGCAAACAGUUAUCCAAGCAGGAGACCGAUCCGGAAAAGGAAUGGGCCGUUGAACGCAUCGUCGACUUUAUAGAAGACGACGAGCAUGGCGGAUUAUAUCGCAUACGCUGGAAGGGCUUUGGGGCUAAGGAUGACACAUGGGAGCCCGAAUCGAAUUUGUCGUGCGAGGGUCUAAUUGAGAAAUUCAAAAAGAGUCUGGAGCAGCAGGGCAAUGUCGAUAUGAAGCAUUUGCGUGAGUCUCCCAAGAAGACAAAGCGUCUGGUCAACGAGACAAUUCCACGUUCCAAUCUACACAAUCGCAUCGAGCGCUCAUCGAAACGCUCUGCGGCAAAGAAUCGCGUUUUCUAUGGCGAAGAGUGAAAUGGAAGAAACUCACACGUCGACAAGAAAAUCGCAUGAUUUGAAAUAUCGUUUACGAUUUUUUCCUAAACAUGUUAGGAUUAGGAUUGACAUAAUUGUGUGCUGCAUUGAGACGGAAAAAGCAACACACAAACACACACAUACACAACACACACAUAUGGAGUAGUUCUUUAAAUUGUAUACUUAGCAAUCAAUAAGUAUUUCCCCGAAUUAAUCUUAGAUAUUAAGCAAAUGAAAUCAUCUCUUUAAAAUUAG